UUAUCCUGACUCUUACCAAGUGAGUUCAGAAUGCAUUGUGACCCUGUGCUUUGUGGCUAAGGAAGUUCAGAAGAGCCCAAAUGCAGCACACACGAUCAUUUGAUUUUAUGGGAACUGAGUGAUUUCAUAGAGAGUGCUUCCAGGAAUAAUGACCAUUGGUGCUCCUGGGGGUGGGAUCGCCUUAUUUCUGAUUUGAACACUUUUAGUUAUUGGCAUUUUCUCAGGAUAUUUACCUGCUCACUGUCUUUAUCUCUGUGAGAAAGUAUUGUUGAACUAUUCAUAGGUACUCACGGAGAACUGUUAAUGAAGGGAGGCCCAGAUGAUGGAAUAAGUAACAUAAAGAAAUAAAUAAAAGAAUGACUCAAGAAGAUACCACUUCUAAAUGCAAGUGCCAGAAAAAUUACAGCUCAUCUCAGUGAAUUUGCAAGUGGAUUGUCUUCCUGUGGGUUGGCAGGCAGUUCUAGGACUGCAGAAUGGGGCUUCGGAUUCACUUUGUUGUUGACCCACAUGGUUGGUGCUGCAUGGGUUUGAUUGUCUUUGUCUGGUUAUACAAUAUUGUUUUAAUUCCCAAAAUUGUCCUCUUUCCUCACUAUGAAGAAGGACAUAUUCCAGGCAUUUUAAUAAUAAUAUUCUAUGGCAUUUCUAUAUUUUGUCUGGUUGCCUUAGUGAGGGCCUCCUUAACUGAUCCUGGGAGACUUCCUGAAAACCCCAAGAUCCCACAUGCAGAGAUGGGUGAGGUGAUACAUGCCUGUAACCUUACUACUCAGGAGGCAGAAGCAGAGGAAUCACCCACAGAUUCAAGCCAGCGUGGUCUACAUAAACGGGAGCUGUGGGAGCUAUGCAACAAGUGUAAUUUGAUGAGGCCAAAGCGCUCCCAUCACUGCAGCCGCUGUGGCCACUGUGUAAGGAGGAUGGACCACCACUGUCCUUGGAUAAACAACUGUGUGGGUGAAGACAACCACUGGCUCUUUCUGCAGUUGUGUUUCUACACUGAGCUUCUUACUUGCUACGCACUGAUGUUUUCUUUCUGCCACUAUUAUUAUUUUCUCCCAUUAAAAAAGCGUAAUUUGGACCUCUUUGUUGUUCGGCAUGAGCUGGCUAUCAUGAGACUAGCUGCCUUUAUGGGCAUUACUAUGUUAGUUGGAAUAACUGGACUCUUUUACACACAACUCAUUGGCAUCAUCACACUUGUCUAUAGGCUUCAUCUCUGGAUACCUUUUCAUCAUAUCAGAAUGCACACAUCUCUACACUGUGAGCUAGUGGUGAAUUUGAAGAUAACAUUCAAACAAUGGAGAAGUGACAGUGCAUUGAGCCAUUCCACGGAAGUCAUCUUUCUUUUCCCUAUCCUUGUUUCCCCCAUGUCCAAAAGAGUCUUUGGGAAGAAAGGAUAUCACUUCCUUACGGAGAAUUGGAGUUUCAUAGCUUGAAUAUAGGUCUGUUAAGCAAUAAAUAGGCAAAACAAAUGUCAGCUUUGUACUUUAAGCUAAGGUUUUAGAGAAGCAGAGUUCCAAUUUUUAGUGAUUAUUUCCGCAUUGUUUCCUUUAGCCUGGAAUGAGUAACCUUCCCCUCAUAAUUUUAUUUCCAAACUGACUAAUCUGAAGUAGAAUUUUAAGGGUUUACUUUAUUUUCAGAUUUGAUUUAAAUGAGACUUUAAAUGUGUGUGUUGUGUGGUCUAACUGAAUUGGAAGUCAUGUUUACAAAAGCAAUUGGCUUUGGUACAGUUUCCUUUAUUUAGGAAACAAGUUAUUGUAGUGGCAUUUGCUGAGACUUAGCUCUUUUGCUUUUGUAUCUGAAUGAAGUAGACAGUGGUGUUCUUAUUAAUAUAAUUGACAUCAGAAUUAAGGAGCAAUAGUCCCAGGCAGCAAGAGGGAAGUCCAUGCUAGUGAGUCCCAGUGUUGACAGUGCAGGAUAGUCAGACUGGUCCAGUUUCCAGAAGCCUAACAGCUGGCCAGUGUCCCUGGAGAGGUCUGACAGGGAGCUAUUUUCUGCUGUGACAUUCUUUUGACAGUUUGUCUAAAUUCUGUGUACAAGCAUUUCUAUUUCCCGGGCACAGGAGUUUGUAUGCAAGUAUGAGCUUCUGAUGUCAUCUUUGGAGCCCAGUGCAUUUGUUGUUCUGUGUGGUGAGGUUAGGGGUAGGGUGAGGAAGAUGUAUUGAGUUGUAGCUUUGGAAAAGCUAAGGGAUUGCUGCCUUGGUCUCACAGAUGCUAUUGGAUUCUAGUUGAAUACAAAAGAUAAUUUAAAAAAUCAUUACAGAGAAAAUAUUUUUCUUUAUACCUACUGAUCCAUGUUUGAUUUGCAGUCAACAUUUGCCUAAAUAUAGAAAGCCAUUAGUACAUGAGCAACUUUGGUGGUUUGAAGUAAAUUGACCUCCAUAGGCUCAGAUAUUUGAAUAAUUAGUCAUUAGAGAAUGGAACUCUUUGACUGAAUUAGAAGGAUUAGGAGGUGUGGCCUUGUUAGAGGAAGUGCAUCACUGGGGUUGGGCUUUGAGCUUUCAGAAGCCCGUGUCAGGCCCAGUCAGUCUGUUUUUGUCUGUCUCUCUGUCUCUCUUUGGAUCAGGAUGUAGAACUCUGAGCUACUUCUCCAGCACCAUGAAUGCUGUGUGCUGCCAAGCUCCCCAACAUGUUCCUCUACAAAUGUAAGCAAGCUACAAUUAAAUGCCUCAUUUUUUUUUUUUUAAGAGUUGCCUUGGUCAUGGUGUCUCUACAUGCAAUAGACCUGUAACUAAGAUGGUGACUUAAUUUUAACUGGGGUUAAUCUUAUGCAAUGAAAAGUAUCUCAUGUUCAAAAUGUUAAAUCAGAUUAAAGGAGAUUAGCUAUUAAGUAGCAUUUUAUUAAUCAAUUAAUGGAUUUUCUUGCUUUUUAAUAUGUAUCCAGAAAUGUAGGCUUGGAAUUGUCACUCUUCAUAAUUGAGUUUUGCCAAAUAUCAGUGAAUCAGUGAACUGAGUUAGUGCAGUCUGUGUGCAAAUCAUGCUUAGCAUACUUAGCUUGCAGGCAGCAUUGCACAUGUGCAGAUUGUUGUAGCUCACAUCUUUCUUUAAAGAGAGAUCUCUGGCAUUUUUGCUUUCCUUUCUAAAUUAUAUAUAUUUUUGAAAAUGUAUUUCUAAUAUAGCAUUUCUAGUUGUAAAAUUAUAUGACAUAUCUUCUCAAUGUCUUCUUAAAACCCUAAAAAUAUUGCCAAAAUGUAUUAUGUUUCUUAGAUGCUCUUCAUGCUCUAUGUUAAUAUUGGGUACAUUCCUUUGUAUAUAGACAUAAUAAAGAAUUUUAUAGAGACUAGUUUCUCCUUUUGUGUAGUAAUCAAAAUUUGUGUGGAGUUGAAUAACUUGUGUAAAUGUAUUCCUGAGCAGAAGUGGUUCUAUACCUCACUUCUGUUUGCUCAGUGUGAUAGACUGCUUGAAACAUUAAAAUUAAUGUAAAAACUGAAAACAAUUUAAAUGUGUUUCGAUAAUGCUUGUAGGAUAGUUAACACAUAGACUUCUUAAAGGAUCACCACUGAAUGUAGACGCUUUAUGUUGCUGUGUCGCUAAACAUUUUGUGUUACUGUUACUAGGCAUUUUCUCUAGAAGUUGGUUUUAUCAGCUCAUGAUCUGAAUUCAUGUGCAUUGUUAGGUUAGAAGUGUGGAUCUUCUAUGUAUUGACUUUCAGUCUUUGCCAAAGGGAGCCAAGUGUCUCUCUCUCACAUUCUAUUGGUUCAGUGGUGAUAUCCCAAACCCUAGUUCCAAGGCACAUUCUGUUCCCUAACUCUGUGUCUGGUACUGAUAACCAAAAACUUCAUCAGAAGUGUAAUUUUGAUGUUAAAAUGUCAAAGUAGUUAGUUUUGGAAGCAUAGAUUUUCAGCUGUUCUGGUGACUGUGAGGCUACUGAUAAAACACCUUUUGCCCAGUCACUCUCUGUGACCUGUGUGUGCCUGUGUGGUUAGUUGCCCUCUGGCCUGCAUGUGUGCCUGUGUGUUUACAGUCACCCUCUGUGGCCUAUGUGUGCCUGUGUGGGUUUUGUGUAUGUGUGGACACUUUUAGUGACCAUCAGCUUUCUUUAUUAAAGACCUUGCCUUGUAGCUUGUGGUUGUUCUAUAUAAAUACAUGAGUAAAUGAACAAUGGUGUAUACUUUGGAGUUUUGACUUUAUGAAUGGAUUUUAAACCCCUUUCAGUUGUAGGAUUACAUAUAUAAUCUCUGCCAUUUGGUCUUUCAUUAUAAACUCUUGUAAACAUAAUUUGAGUAACUGUUAUAAUUGAGAUACUUUUUUAAGCAUGAGGAAGUGCUUAAUAAAAACAAUUAAUAAAAGGAGGAUUUUUCAGUCAUUGAGGAUUUAUUAGGAAUUUUAUUACAUGUUGAUACAUUUUAAACCUCACAGAAGCUUAGGAUGUAAGCAUUCCUACUUGGAAAUUGAGGUAUGGAGUUUUAAUUUCUUACCAGUUUUGUGUAGCCAGAUGAUGGUUUGAUGAAGAAAAGCAGAGAAAUUAUUUUGGAAAGAGCUUUUCAGUGGCUACAAAUGUAAAACUUUCUGCCUCUGCACUGUUGUCCUGUUACUGAAGAAAUGUUUAUGUGAACUUCACAUUUCAAAUAAAAUUUACAGGUGAUCCUCUGUCAGCAAUGGAUGCUGAGGAACUAACUGCCUGUUUCCAGUGAGUAAACUGAUGAUAACCAAAAUCAUCAGAGGGCAGAGAGAAAGAAGAUUAGCAGGCUUCCCUGCUUUCACAUUGAAAAAGAAUUAAAAAUAAAGCGUUAUGUUAUUUCUGGUUUGCCCAGUUAGUCCAGUCCUGCUAACAUAUACCAAAGAUGCCCAUUUUGUACAGCCUUGUCCUGCUAGGUGCUUUUGACUUCAAAGUUAGUGGUGAUUAGAAAGAUAGCUCAGAGGAGUGUGUACUGCUCUUGCAGAGAUCCCAGAUUUGGUCAGAGUACCUCCAUUGGGUAGUCCUGGGGAAUCAGACACCCUCUUUUGGACUCUGUGAGCAACUUUGUUCAUGUGUGGAGCACCUCCACCCCCACCAUACACAAGCAACACAUAAUUAAAAAUAAAAUCAUUAAAAAUUAAACAUGCUACUAUUUGUAUACUAGUGGGCAAUCAAAUGAAGCUCUUAAAAUUAGGAAAACUCAAGCCUGGCUCUGGUGGCACAUGCCUUUAAUCCCAGCACCCAGGAGGCAGAGGCAGGUGGAUUUCUGUGAGUUUGAGACCAGCCUGAUCUACAAGAGCUAGUUCCAGGGUAACCUCCAAAGCCACAGAGAAACCCUGUCUUGAAAAACCAAAAUAAAUAAAUAAAUAAAUAAAUAAUUUUUAAAAAUUAGGGAAACUCAGAGGCAGAGCAGGUAUAUGAUCUUGAACUACAAAAGUCUACCUGAAAAGUGUUUCCAAGGCUACAUUAAGUCAGCAUAGAGUCAUAAAUUAGGUAGCUAUGUGCAGCAUAAAGGCUUAAUGACCAACGAGACCUUCAGUGAGAACAGAGUUCAGGUGAUUGUGGAAGCUAUAUGGAGCGGUCUUCAGGUUCCCUCUCUGAUGGUCACCUUUAGUUUCAUCAGGUCUUAAAUGUUUGGUAUAUUAAGAAACUCCUUUUGGAAACUGUUUCCAGGGUUACCUAGGCCCAAAGACAAGGACUCUUCUAUACUUUGAAGAUAGUUAUUAGAACCAGAUGGACUGUUUAUCCUUUAUGUUGUUCAGUGUGUCUACGAACUUUGUCUCGUUAAGUUCUUCUCCCCACAGGACAACAUAUGUGUCCAAGUAUUGGUGCUUGGUGAGAAUACACUCAAAGAAGAGUGGCUAUCAGCCUUCUGUGCUGAGAGACUGGGUUCUCAGCCCUGUUAGCCUGAUAACCAAGAAACCUUUGGUGAUGAAUUCUUGCUUUUCCUACAACACUCCCUUCCAGUUUGCCAGUAAACCCAUUGUUCCCAUCCCAGCAUAAUCUAGUCGGUAAGCUAGAAUGCAGUUUUCUCUUACAGUCAAACAUAAUUUUACACUGAAUCUGAAAGACCUCUUCUUGUGCCAAGAUUAGCCAUUAGGAGAAGGCAAAGUAUUGACAGAGAAAAUAGAGAAGGUAAUAUCUGUCUCUAAAAUUCUUGCUGAAUUUAGUUUUUUAAAAAUGUGAAACUCCAGUUUUUAAAACAUGAGGCAUUUCUUCUUGCAUUGCUUAGUUAUAGAGGCUGAUUGAAGUAUUAGAUAUUUUUGAUCAUUAAAUCAUUCCGGGCAUCAACAUUUCUUACAACUAAUUGCAGCAACACCCAGUAAAUGUGUGAUUUUUACAUUCCUGAAAGAAUGGUUAAUUUGCUACCUAGCUAAAGCUGUAUGUUGUGUUUAUUCCUUCUGUAGCAUUUGUCUUAGUGGUCCUUCCCUAGUGCCACCAAAAAGAUGGAGUAUUUUCAGUAUGCUUUAAAAAAAUGCCACAUUUGUCCACAUUGUAAAACAAAACAAAGUAGGCUGUAUUUAGCAGCUGUGGAUAGCAUGGUUUGCAUUUCCUGUGGUAAUAAUCUGUUCUGGAGUAUUUAAGCCUGCUUGCUAGUGGGAAGGUCUCACUCUGACUCUUGCUUGAUGCUUCUAGAGUGAGGGUUUACUAUGCUCUGGUGUUCAGGUACUGACUUAGGCUGUUUUUUGUGUAAACGGUAUUUUGGAUGCGAGGUAGAGAGAGGUGAGCAUUUUCCAUUCUAGAGAAAACAGUGGCUUAAUUUGGGCAGCCUCAUAAUCCCUGUUUAUAACAGAGUAAACAUCUCAUCCUUUGAAAGAGCAGCUAUCUGCUCAUGAUUUAAAGAUGAGUAUUGUCUGUCUCUUGAAGUAGGCUCUAGAAAAUUGUCUGAGUACUUCAAAGGGUUUCUGUAUGUGAAAGCUAAACUUGGAGUCUUUAAAGUUAGUUCUUUCUAGGACCACAAGUAAAUUACUCAGUGUAGAUUCUGUGCAGUAAAAGUUAUCCCCAGGACUAAUGGUGACAGUAGAUGAACCUACCUUGCCUGUCCUCACGUAGCUUUCAGGCAUACAGGUGUCAGUGGCUGUAUUUCAGGCAUUCAUAUGCCUUACAGCAGUGGCUCUCAACAUGUGAGUCGUGACCCCUUUACAGGAGCCACAUGUCAGAUACUUACAUUAUAGUUCAGAACACUAGCAAAAUCACAGUUAGGAAGUGGUCAUGUAAGUAACUUAGGAAGGUUGAUAGCCACUGCUGUGAGAUAGUAUGUGGUGACUCUGUCCUCUUCUUCCUCUGCACUUUGGUGCGGGUACCUUUGCAGUUGCAUGUCACUAAAAUGACCUGAUCUACUUCCUUUAUAGAUGUGAACCUGGAGCCCAGCUUUCCUCUAAAUUCUUAAGAAAUAUUCUCUUUUAUCUGUAGGCUGUGUUUGCAUUUAGAAUAAAUAAAAUACUGUUUUGAGAAGAAGUUAUGCAAUACAAUAAAAAGCUUAUUUUCAACAGAAUUGUCAAAUGCCAUCAUCAAUUUCAAGGCAUAAUUUAAAAAAAAAAAACUAAUGUAUACAGAACAUGUAGCAAGUCUGCCAUUUUUUUUACAAAUCUUCAGAAAACUCUGUAAAUAAAAUUACUGUUUGUUUCUAGUCUCCUAAAACUCAGAUGUUCUUCUCCCUUCUAGCUGCUUGUUCAGCAUGUCUGACAGUUUGUCAUCACAAGUACUCAUCUAGCAUGACUAAAUGUAAAGGACUGUGGGUUAGCACUGCUAAAGGAAGUUCUGUAUUCUCAUGAGUAGUUCUGAUUAAUAUUGUUAUUCUCUAGCGCCCACCAUAUGUGAGCAAGUUAUUAAGGUCAAGUCAAGGGAGAAGGUGAAGAUGUAUCUAAUGUUUUUCACAUUUGAAACUAUGUCCUUUGUAUUGCUUUAAAAAUGUACUUACACUCUAAAUUUUUAUCUAAAUGUAAGGUUGUACAAUUUAUAUUUUGGGUAUUUGGAUAUGGUAAUGUUUGUCAGAAUAAUUGAUAGGCCCUCUGUUAUUACAGUUUGCAUCAGCAUUUUCAGAAACUGUCUUCUGCUGAAGUGCUUUCCUUCUGUGUCUGCAUUACAUCCUUGUUAAAACACCCAGAAGAGACUAUGUUGUAAAGAUUUGGUUUGUUUGUUGGGGAAAAAGAGAAAUGUCUUAUUUCAAUUAAGGAUAUUAAGCAACUAACUUUAAUUUUCAUAUUGAAAGAUAUAACAUGAUUAAUUUAUAGAUUGCCUUAUUGAAUUUUGUAAUUUAUAUAAGUCUAUAAAACCCAGAGUCACUAGCACUCUUUGUAUCUUGGUAGUUCUGUAUUCAUUGAUGGUUUUUAUGUAUUAUUUGAUACUCUUUUAUUUUUAAUAUAUAUUUGCAGAUAGUUGAGUUGAGUUGAAUGGAAAUAACUAGGAUUUUAAAAGAAUUAUCAAGGAAUCAGGUGUCCUCAGUGGCUAUAAUUGAAUGUUUCUCUUAGAGGUGUUUGAAACUUUUUUAAUUCAUUAGUUUUUUUUGACAUGAUGUAAUGUUGAUUUUAUUUCUCUAAGGGGACACCAGAAUGUAUGUAGAUAAACAAACUUGUUAAAUCUCUAGAAUAUUUUCUGAAUAGGCUUAAGUAUUUCAUAAAGCAGAAGUAUUGAUAAAUUUGUUACAUCUGAAUAUAAU